CAGCAGCCGUCUGUCUCUUUAAGGGGCCCUCACUGUUAUUGAUGGAGAUGUAACCCCGCCCCUCCCGCCGGGCGGGGCCCGGGACUGCAGCACAGCAUCCACAGCAGCAUCCAGCACAGCGCACAGGACCGCAACCCCGACAGGAAGUCCAGACACACAACGGACCGAGCCGCCUGUACUGGUUUCACUGGGAGCUGCUGUCCGAACUGGGCUGAGCUGGUCCGGGUCUCUGCGGGACUGCUGGAGGACUACAACCGAACCGUGACUCAGCAGGAACACCUUCUGACGAGCCCAUUGGACAGAGAUCAGGAUGUUCGGAGGCGUGUCGGGCCGGAUCCAGAAGGAACGGCAGAGAGCUGGAGGUCUGGGCUCAGUCCAGCAGGCCGUACUCUACCAGAACCAGGACUACCAAGCCCUGAAGGAGGACUGUCUGCAGAAUAGAUCCCUGUUCCAGGACCCAUUGUUCCCCGCUGAACCGGCCUCACUGGGUUUCAAGGAACUCGGACCGUUCACCGCCAAAACCAGAGGGGUGGAGUGGAAGAGACCCACGGAGCUGACAGAGAGGCCUCAGUUCAUCGUGGGCGGAGCCACCAGGACCGACAUCUGUCAGGGGGCGCUGGGAGACUGCUGGCUGCUGGCCGCCAUCGGCUCUCUGACUCUGAACGAACGGCUGCUGCAUCGUGUGGUUCCUCACGGCCAGAGCUUCGACCGCGAAUACGCCGGCAUCUUCCACUUCCAGUUCUGGCAGUUCGGCGAGUGGGUGGACGUGGUGAUCGACGACCGUCUGCCGGUUAAAGACGGAGAGCUGCUGUUCGUCCAUUCGGCUGAAGGCAGCGAGUUCUGGAGCGCCCUGCUGGAGAAGGCCUACGCCAAGUUGAACGGCUCGUACGAGGCGUUGUCCGGCGGCAGCACCACUGAAGGUUUCGAGGACUUUACGGGCGGUGUGUCGGAGAUGUACGAGCUGAAGAAAGCUCCCAAAGAUCUUCAUCGUAUCAUCAGCAAAGCUCUGGAGAGAGAAUCCCUGCUGGGCUGCUCCAUAGACAUCACCAGCGCCUUCGACAUGGAGGCGGUGACCUUCAAGAAGCUGGUUAAAGGCCACGCCUACUCUGUAACCGGACUCACUCAGGUGGAGUACCGCGGCCGGCAGGAGCGUCUGAUCCGGAUCAGAAACCCCUGGGGUCAGGUGGAGUGGACCGGAGCCUGGAGCGACAACUCCUCAGAGUGGAGCGCCGUCGACUCUGCAGAGAAAGACGAGCUGCUCUGCAAGAUGGAGGACGGAGAGUUCUGGAUGUCUUUCCAGGAGUUCCUGCGUCAGUUCUCCCGGCUGGAGAUCUGUAAUCUGACGCCGGACGCUCUCAGCGAGGACUCCACCAGGUUCUGGAGCACUGUGAUGUUUGAGGGCGGCUGGCGGAGAGGAAGCACCGCCGGGGGCUGCAGGAACAAUCCAAACACGUUCUGGAUCAACCCUCAGUAUAAGAUCUCCCUGCUGGAGGAGGACGACGACCCCGAGGACGACGAGGCCGCCUGCAGCUUCCUGGUGGCUCUGAUGCAGAAAGACCGCCGCCGCUACCGCCGCCAAGGCCAGGACGUGCACACCAUCGGCUUCGCCAUCUACGAGAUUCCUGAGGAGUACCGAGGCUGUCCGAGCGUCCACAUGAAGAAGGACUUCUUCCUGCGCCACUCCUCCUGCGCUCGCUCUGAGACCUUCAUCAACCUGCGAGAGGUGAGCGCCAGGCUCCGCCUCCCGCCGGGUGAGUACCUGAUCGUCCCGUCGACCUUCGAACCCUCCAAGGAGGCCGACUUCGUCCUGAGGGUGUUCACCGAGAAACAGUCCGAGACCAAGGAGAUGGGCGACGACGUGGAGGCCACCUUUGAUGAAGAGGAGGAAGUCACAGAGAGCGACGUGGAUGACUCCUUCAGGUCCAUGUUCGCUCAGCUGUCUGGAGACGACAUGGAGAUCUCAGUGCGAGAGCUCCGGACCGUCCUCAACCGAGUCGUGUCCAAACACCGAGACCUGCAGACUGAUGGUUUCAGCAUGGAGUCCUGCAGAGCCAUGGUCAGCCUCAUGGACAAAGACGGCAGCGCUCGGCUCGGCCUGCUGGAGUUUCAGAUUCUCUGGAACAAGAUCAAGAAGUGGCUGGGAAUCUUCAGAGAGUUCGAUCUGGAUAAAUCAGGAUCUAUGAGCUCCUACGAGAUGCGUCUGGCGUUGGAAAACGGCGGGUUCAAACUGAACAACAAGCUGUACCAGACGCUGGUCGCUCGAUACGCCGACAACGAGAUGAUCGACUUCGACAACUUCACCUGCUGCCUGGUCAAACUGGAGGCCAUGUUCAAGACCUUCCAGGAGCUGGACCGGGACGCCACAGGAAGUGUAGAGAUGAACAUCAUCGAGUGGCUGUAUGUGACCAUGUGUGGCUGAAGAAGAAGAAGAAGAAGAAGAAGAAGAGUCUGAGCUCCAGUCAAAGUGCCUCCAACAGGAAGAAGAACAGGAAACUGCUCCACUGCAGCUGUAACCACACGGUGCUGCACAGUACUGCAGUACUACUUCAGUACUACUGCAGUACUGUGCUGACAUCAUCAAAGUCUUCCAACAUCAGCGUGGAGAAUCACUGCUGCCAGGAAAUAAUCAUUCACUUAAUCAGCGCUGUAAUCUGAAACUGAAUAUUUAUUUAAUAUUUAAAUUUAUUGACAUGUAUUAUUAUUUAUUGAUACCUGCUGAGGUGACCUGAGUGAGUCAGAAUGAAUCAGAUGCUGAAUCAUCAUUUUUAAGCUGCUGUGUCAUUGUUUACGAGGAGAGGCUCAUGGGAGUUGUAGUCUUUUGGUGUGUUUCUGUAGACGCUGAAGACGCUGACGUCGACACACGAUGAGAAUUUAUAUUUUCAGACACUUUUAGGCCACAAAACAAAGAACGGGUUAUUUCCUGUUUGAAGACAUUACUGCCCCCCGCUGGUGAGCGGUGGGACAGCAGGAGAUAACGUUUAAAUUCAAAUAAUAUAAGACUGACGUUUUAAGACUGGUUCAGGUUCUGAUUCAGGUUCUGGCAGCAGUGAGCUUCAUACUACAGACAGUGUGACACCUGCAGUGGAAACACUACAGUACUACAUAUUUACUACACUACAGCAGUACUACAGUACUACAUAUUUACAGCAGUACUACAGUACUACAUAUUUACAGCAGUACUACAGUACUACAUAUUUACAGCAGUACUACAUUACUACAUAUUUACUGCACUACAUCAGUACUACAUAUUUACAGCAGUACUACAGUACUAGAUAUUUACAGCAGUACUACAGUACUAGAUAUUUACUGCAGUACUACAGUACUAGAUAUUUACAGCAGUACUACAGUACUAGAUAUGUACUACACUACAGCAGUACUACAUAUUUACUACACUACAGCAGUACUACAUAUUUACAGCAGUACUACAGUACUACAUAUUUACAGCAGUACUACAGUACUAGAUAUUUACAGCAGUACUACAGUACUACAUAUUUACAGCAGUACUACAGUACUAGAUAUUUACUGCAGUACUACAGUACUAGAUAUUUACAGCAGUACUACAGUACUAGAUAUGUACUACACUACAGCAGUACUACAUAUUUACAGCAGUACUACAGUACUACAUAUUUACUACACUACAUCAGUACUACAUAUUUACAGCAGUACUACAGUACUAGAUAUUUACAGCAGUACUACAGUACUAGAUAUUUACAGCAGUACUACAGUACUACAUAUUUACAGCAGUACUACAGUACUAGAUAUUUACUGCAGUACUCUGCUGCUGCCUGCCCUCUGCAGAUAGGGGGCGCUACAGCUUUAACAUUUAGGCCUCUGCAUUAUUUCUUAGUGUAUUUCUGAGCUGCUGCCUCCACCUGUGAGUCAGAGCUCUGGGUUUAAUGACCGGGAGGAUGAAGGACAGUGAAGGCCUCAGCAGGUGGAGGCGUUCAGGUUCGGCUCGGUCAAACCAACACUGAUGCAGCAGAUGAGCUUCGUGUUUUCUCUCAUUAAAGUGAACUGAACAGCUGA